AUGAGUCUCCCCGAAGCACCUCAUCCUAUUCAGGACUACGAAGUAUACAAUGAGUCAAACGACAUGGAGAAGAAGGCCUAUCCGGUAGAGCCUACAGACGAUCCCUUUGGAAAUGAAGAAGCUGGGGAAGUGAAGUAUCGUAUCAUGCCAUGGUGGCAAGCUGGAACGCUGAUGGUCGCUGAAAACAUCUCGCUUGGUAUUCUAUCUCUUCCGUCCGCAGUAGCAACCCUCGGAAUUGUCCCGGCGUUCAUCAUUAUCAUGUUUUUGUCCGGCAUCUCGUGGUACACUGGAUACACCAUGGGCCAGUUCAAGCAGCGUUAUCCUCAGGUCCACAGUAUGGGCGAUGCUGGCGAGCUUCUUCUAGGCCCCAUCGGACGUGAGAUUUUCUUCGUCGGCCAGCUUCUGUUCAUCAUCUUCUUGAUGGCCAGUCACAUUCUCACAUUCUCGGUCUUGUUCAACACAAUCACGAGUCACGGUACCUGCACCAUUGUUUUCGGAGUUGUCGGCUUGGUCGUUAGUUGUAUUGCGGCUCUUCCGCGCACAGCAGAGAAGGUCUUUUGGAUGUCUAUCAUUUCCGCCAUCAGUAUCCUGGUAGCCACAAUCGUCACCAUGGUUUCCAUCGGUGUCCAGGCGCCUGCAGAUGUCAAGAAUGAUAUUUUCACGACUCCGACAUUCCAGGAGGGUUUCUUGGCCGUCACCAACAUCGUCUUCGCCUUCAUUGCCCACGUCUCUUUCUUCGGUAUCAUGUCGGAGAUGCAGGAUCCCCGUGAAUUCCCCAAGUCCCUCGCUAUGCUUCAAAUUGUCGAUACUACUAUGUACGUUGUGACCGCUAUGGUCAUUUACUGCUAUGCGGGCCCGGAUGUCGCAUCUCCGGCUCUAUCCUCGGCUGGACCUUUGAUGAAGAAGGUUGCCUACGGCCUGGCUAUUCCAACGGUCAUUGUUGCCGGUGUUGUUUUCGGCCACGUUGCUUGCAAGUAUAUCUAUGUUCGUAUCUUCCGCGGCGAGCGCUCGCACCAUAUGCACCAGAAGACUCUCUUGGCUACUGGUACAUGGGUUGCGAUCGGCCUGACCACCUGGACUGUUGCGUGGGUCAUCGCAGAGUCCAUUCCGGUGUUUAACGAGUUGUUGAGUUUGAUUAGUGCUCUCUUUGGAAGCUGGUUUAGCUAUGGUCUCCCCGCCAUUUUCUGGCUCAUGAUGAACAAGGAAGACUUGUUUUCGUCAACUAAGAAGACUGCCCUGACCGUUAUCAACGUCGCCAUUCUUGGAAUUGCUUGUGCUAUUUGUGGAUUGGGACUCUAUGUCUCUGGCGUGGCUAUCAACGAUAGCUCGUCCAAGGCCAGCUGGACCUGUGCCAACAAUGCCAAAUAA